CUGUUAGGGAGAGGAAAUAUUCUGUGACUAGUUCAGCUUCUCCUAAAUUUCUAUCUAUAUACUGCACUGCACUCAGAGAAAAUAUGAGUGACGUAGGACAAUGGAAGCCUGUUGUCGGAAUGUUGGUUAUUAGUUUUGCCUUCGCAAUAGUGAACUUACUUCUUAAAAAGAUGAUUGAUCAAGGAACAAACAAUAUGGUUAUUGCCACUUACAGACUGUCAAGUUCUGCAAUUUUCUUGGCGCCCAUUGCGUACUUUUGGGAAAGGAAAGGCAGACCUAAGCUAACAGCUUCCAUCUUUUGCCACCUCUUCCUCGGUGCCUUUGUUGGGUUAACCCUCACACAGUACUUGUUCCUUCUGGGACUCGAGUAUAUAUCUGUCACCUUCUCAUGUGCCUUCCUCAACACGGUCCCUGUAAACACGUUCAUACUAGCCCUGCUUUUUAGACUAGAAAAACUGAACAUGUCAAGUAAGGCAGGAAGAGCAAAGGUUUUAGGGACAUUUAUUUGCAUGGGAGGAGCUGUCCUGUUAAUCCUUUAUAAAGGAAUCCCAUUAACCAAUCCACGUUCAGAAGCCACCACAACUCAUGACAUCCUGAUCUCAGGAAAGAAGAAACGGAGUUGGGUAGCUGGUUCGAUACUUUCUCUUGCAGGCUGCUUCAUGUGGUCUGCAUGGUUCCUCAUGCAAGCUAAGAUAAGCAAAAUUUAUCCAUGUCAAUACUCCAGCACUGCCAUUAUGUCCUUCUUUGGUGCAAUCCAGUCAGCUGCAUUAAGUUCAAUCUUGAAAAGGAAGUUUUCCAUGUGGAUUCUUAAAUCAAAACUGGAGAUUAUAAGCGUCCUUAAUGCUGGGAUCAUAGGAUCAGGCUUGUGCUAUGUUGGGAUGUCAUGGUGUAUCAAACAAAGGGGACCUGUGUUCACAUCUGCGUUCACCCCUUUCAUACAGAUAUUCGCUGCUAUGUUUGAUUUCUCUAUCCUGCAUGAACAAAUUUAUCUUGGAAGUGUCCUGGGAUCUAUCGUGGUUAUUCUAGGUCUGUACAUUCUCCUGUGGGGUAAAAGGACUGAAGCAGUGGAUUGUGGUGAGAAGCAAGCCCAACUAACCGACGAAGAGGAAAACCAUGACACAGAAGCACAAAUAUCAGCAACAAAUUCAAAGAGUAAUCCAUAGAACCCGUUCAGGAUGAUCAAUAAAUGCUCUUUCAGAGUUAAUUAUAUAUAUGGUGGGAGGAGGCUGGUUAUUCAAGGCUGUAGUGAAAAUGCAAGCAAAAAAAAUUCAAGUGUAACAUGUGCAAGUCCAAUUUGAAUUGAUAGAACAGUCAUUGUCUACUACUCAUUUA